GACGUGCACGCACACGUGUGCUCCGCUUGUCGUGAUCGCGUCCGAAAACGUCUGCCACAGAAUCGCCGUCGGCGUACGCUUGCCGAGUACGGUGCAUCGUAUAGCCUGCGGUAGUUCCCGUUCGACAUCGGCGCGCGAACCCUUUCUGCCCGUAACGCCCGCGGGUUCGCCGAAUCGACAUGGACGGCAGCCGACCACGGUGGACCGCGGUCGCGGUAACCCCGUCCGCCGGUGGCGAGGAGAUCCGAUUGGACGACGGCUGCGGUGGCGGCGGACGGUACCCGUACGCGUGGCUCCGGAACAACUGCCGGUGUUCGUCGUGCGCGUCCGGCGAGACCGGUUUCCGGAAACAAGUGAUCCGCGAUUUUCAGUUCCGUCCCGUUCCCGACCGGUUCGAAAUUAUAAGCGAUGAUGUGCUUUACGUGAAAUGGGAUGACAGCCACGUGAGUACUUACGACUUACAAUGGCUACUAGAGAGAAAUUUUAAUGAGGGUCAAGAACGACGGGAAUAUCAGCAAAUCAAAUGGACUGCGGAAUCGUUUUCCACUAUGCUCCGGUCAUUUAAAUAUGAGAACGUAAUCAAAAGUGACGAAGUUUUGUUACAAUGGUUAGAAACUUUGGCGAUUUAUGGUAUUUCAAUAAUAAAAAGUUGUGGAUUGGAACACGAUCGGAUUAAAGAACUAGCAGCACGUGUUGCGUUUUUAAAAAGGACACAUUACGGAAAAACUUUCAGAGUCGAAGCAAAGGACGAUGCGACCAAUUUGGCAUAUAGAUCGACGUACUUACAACUUCACACAGAUCUUCCGUACUAUGAAUACACACCUGGGGUGAUUCUGCUGCACUGUAUAAUCCAACCGGAGUCCAGUGGCGGUGAAAACGAGGUGACCGAUGGGCUCUUCGUGUGCGAACGAUUGAAGGAAAUCAAUCCGAACCGCUAUAAGGCUUUGUCCACGAUACCCGUGAGGUGGAUUGAUCACGGACACGAUAACGGCUACAACUUCCAUAACAUUCACCACGCUCCUGUGAUUUGCGAAGACGGCCACGGACGAGUGAAACGGAUUAAUUUCAGCGAACCACACAGAGAUUCAACGUUUCCCGUGUCAAUAGACGAUGUUCGUAUUUGGUACGAUGCGAUCGAACAGUUCGUGAAGAUUGCAUACGACGAAAACAUCAUCAGCACAUUUAAAAUGAAACCAGGAGACAUUUUGACAUUUGACAACCAUCGAGUGCUACACGGCCGUAAAGGAUACCAAGGAUCUAGAUUAUUAAUCGGUGGUUAUUUAGACUGGGAUUUAAUUAAGUCUAGAACACGUGUACUGAAAUCUCAACUGUCUAAAUAAAAUAAUCAAUGUUACUGCAUAA